UAGGCUGGGGGUGGGGAGAAGGGUCCCCUCCUCCGGUGACGUCAGAGAAGCGGCUAGGUGUCAGCUGCCCGAGCUGCCCCUACUGGAGCCGAGGCUCCGGAGCGGAGCGAGAGCGGGCCCCGCGGCUGGAAGGGAGUAGCCCGGGGAACCGGACCCACGAACUCGCGGACACGGACACACAGCCUUCCCUGGCCCGGGCCCAGCGCCCCGGGCCGCCCAUGGCCCGGCCCACCGCCCUCCCGCUGCUACUACUGUUGUUCCUGGAGACCGGAGCCCAGAACAUCCAGGUGCGGGUGCCGGCCGAGGUGCGGGGCCUCCUGGGGCGCGAUGAGAAGCUCCCCUGCCACCUUCUGUCGGAGAAGGCCGAGAUCCGCGUGUCCCAGAUAAUGUGGCUCCGUCUGGACAGGUACGGGAACAACCAGAGCGUGGCCGCCUUCCACCCCACCUACGGGGCCAACUUCCCCAACUCGGGGCCCUACGACCAGCACAUGUCCUUCCUCAUGGGGAACUCCCGCCAGUCGGAGGCCGAGCUGCGCGACGCCACGCUGCUGCUGAAGGGGCUGAGGGCCGAGGACGAAGCCAACUACACCUGCGAGUUCGUCACCUUCCCCUGGGGGAGCAGCAAGGGAGUCACGUGGCUCCGAGUGCUGGCCGAGCCCCAGAACCACGCAGAGGCCCAAGAGGUGACGCUGGUCUCGGAACCGAAGCCCAUGGCCCGAUGCGUCUCCACGGGGGGGCGCCCCCCCGCCCGCAUCUCCUGGUUCUCUCCCCUGCCCGGACAAGGCACCGAGACGAGAACGGCCGGGCCCGUCCCCGGCACCUUCACGGUCACCAGCCGCUUCACCCUGGUGCCGACCCCUGAGGCCAACGGCGCGAAGGUCACCUGCAAGGUGGAGCACGACACCUUCCCGGAGCCCGUCCUGAUCCCCCUCACCCUCUCCGUGAAAUAUCCCCCCCAGGUCUCCAUCUCCGGCUAUGAUGACAACUGGUUUGUUGGUCGCGUGGAGGCCACCCUGAACUGUGACGCUCAGAGCAACCCCGAGCCCACCAGCUACGAGUGGAGCACGACCGCGGGCCCCCUCCCCAGCACGGCAGUGGCCCAGGGACCCCGGCUCAUCAUUCGCACGGUCGACGAGUCGGUCAACACCACCUUCAUCUGCAGCGUCGUCAACCCUGUGGGCGACGGUCGUGCCGAGCAGAGCAUCCGAGUCAGAGAGUCCCCCGACACAGCGGGCGCCGGGGCCACUGGCGGCAUCAUCGGCGGCAUCAUCGCGGCAAUCAUCGCUCUGGCCGUGGCCGCCACCGCCAUCCUGAUCUGCAGACAGCAGCGCAAGGAGGAAGAGCUUCGUGGAAGACCCGAAGAGGAAGAGGACGAACUUGAAGGCCCUCCUGCUUACAAACCUCCACCUCCCAAGAUGAAGCUGGAAGAGCCAGAAAUGCCCUCUCAGCUCUUCACCCUAGGUAGCUCGGAGCACAUCCCUCUGAAGACCCCAUACUUUGAGUCCAGCAUCUCAGCUCCUGAACAGGACAUGCCCCGAUACCAUGAGCUACCCACCCUGGAAGAGCGGGCCGCUGCUCUGCCCCUGCACCUGGAGGAGCCAGGUGAUGCUGCUGGCGAGGAGAGGCUGCCUCUGGAGGAUAACGAAGACUACCUGGACAAGAUCAAUCCCAUCUAUGAUGCUCUGGCUUACACCACAGCGGAGGCCUACCAAGGCAAGGGCUUCGUGAUGUCCCGGGCAAUGUACGUGUGAGCCCGGACAGUCCCGCGGGGACUAGGGCCCCUUCUCCGGAACCUGCCGCUGGGAGCUGCCCCUGGGGAAGACCUCUCUGCCACGACCUCUGACUUAGCCACUUGUAGCGUGGAAGACCUGCUCAGCGAGCCUCCCCUACGGGGUCCUCCCCACUGCUGCCCGUGCUGCGCCCCCUUCCUCUUGUACCCAGCCUCUCCUCCGCAGUGUAGCCCCCUUUCUCUUGCCCAUAGACUCUCCCCCUCAUGUGUCCCUCCCUCAUCUCCAUCCCCCUGCGCCCAGACUUGAGCCCUGGGCAGCAGAAGCUUUAGCCCUUCCUGCAGGCAGGAGUCGCCCGGGUCGGGGGGAAGGGGAGGGAAGGGGAUGGGGAACUCUGGGGGGCGUGGCCAGUGCUUGGGGAGCCGCGGGGCCCAGGAGGUGUGACUGCCUGAGCCGGCCCCGCCCCCGGCGGGGGUGGGGCAGGAGAACUGAAUUUUGUACACAAAUGUUUCCUAAUAAACUCGACUUUUUUAUGUCUCCGG